CAGCAGCAGCAGUCAGUCACACGGACUCGAGUCACAUCUCUGAGCCGUGGAGAUUCUCGUUAAGUCGCUUUGUGUAUUUACAGCCACGGCUGCGAAAAACGACUAGACAGAAUGGCCACGAACUGCUCUUCUCGAAUCACAGCCUUUUGUUGAUGAGAGGGCGGAAACGCGAGUAAAACAGACAGAAGAGAAAGAAAAACAGACGAGGAGCGCGAGAAGGCCGAACCCAUCGAGGGAGCGCGAGAGCAGCCUAGUUUCUCACGCUACAGGCGCUCAAGUGGAUUUGCGGCUCAAACCGACGAGGACGAAAACACGACCGUAGCAAACCGUACAUGUGGAUUAUUCGCGGAAAUUUCUUAAUUUCUUUCUCCUCAGAAACUACAUAAACGUCCGGUAACGAUAGACCUUCACCUUCCACGGAGAGGUCGGUGACUGCCAGGACUCAACGCCCCAUGAUGCACAGUGUUUGUGACAAGACCACACCCACUUUUAGUGUGUAGAGGAAGUUGCAUCGUCAGCAUGUCCUCGCACCCUCAGCCAGUGCCUCAGGGUCGGAGGGCUGUGGACGCUCGUCACCUUCCCAGUUCCGCCACCCUUCCUCUGCAGCUGAGAGCCCAUACGGAUGUUGGUGGACUGGUAGACUACCAUCCUCACGCUCGGAACUAUGGUUCCCAUUUGCCCCAUGGAUCCCUGGCCCACCCUCACCGCCGCAGACCAUCCCUUCUGUCUGAAUUUCAACCAGGCAGUGAAAGAGGUCAAGAGCCCCACAUCCGAUAUGAACACAUUUACCUACAGGAUCCCAGCAGCCAAUCAGAAGUGGUGUACUCCGAGAUGAAGCGCCCUCGCUUGGAAAUCGGGGCGGAUUCUCUUAUUCGUCACUCAACCCAUCGUCAGUCCCUUAAUGUGUGUGGAGCUGAGGAAAUGGCAAAGGGGCACAGCAGCAACAGCAGUUCCAUUGGAAAGAUUGAGCCCAUUUCUCCUGUGAGCCCAGUGCCCAUGGAGCCCGACCUGGACUUGGUUCCCUCUCGCCUCUCCAAAGAGGAGCUAAUCCAGAACAUGGACCGUGUGGAUCGGGAGAUCACCAUGGUGGAGCAGCAGAUCUGUAAACUGCGUAAAAAACAGCAACAACUGGAGGAAGAAGCUGCAAAACCCCAGGAGCCAGAGCGCACCAUCUCACCUCCACCCAGUGAAGCCAAACACCGCAGCCUUGUCCAGAUCAUCUAUGAUGAAAACAGAAAAAAGGCAGAGGAGGCUCACCGGAUCCUGGAGGGACUCGGACCCCGAGUGGAGCUGCCUUUAUACAACCAGCCGUCUGAUACCAAGCAGUACCAUGAGAACAUCAAGAUAAAUCAGGCAAUGAGGAAGAAGCUCAUUCUGUAUUUCAAAAGAAGAAAUCAUGCUCGCAAACAGUGGGAACAGAAAUUCUGCCAGCGCUACGACCAGCUAAUGGAGGCCUGGGAGAAGAAAGUUGAGCGCAUUGAGAAUAACCCACGUCGCAGAGCCAAAGAGAGCAAAGUGCGGGAGUAUUACGAAAAGCAGUUUCCUGAGAUCCGCAAACAGAGAGAGCUGCAGGAGCGUAUGCAGAAUAGAGUGGCUCAGCGAGGUGGGGGUUUGGCCUCAGCAGCUCGCAGUGAACAUGAGGUUUCUGAGAUCAUCGACGGCAUCUCAGAGCAAGAGAACACAGAGAAGCAGAUGCGUCAGUUAGCUGUGAUUCCUCCCAUGCUGUUUGAUGCCGAGCAGCAGAGAAUAAAGUUUAUCAACAUGAAUGGGCUGAUGGACGAUCCCAUGAAGGUCUACAAAGAUAGACAGGUCAUGAACAUGUGGAGUGAACAGGAGAAGGACACUUUCCGUGAGAAGUUUAUCCAGCACCCAAAAAACUUUGGCCUGAUAGCCUCCUUUCUGGAGAGAAAGACGGUGGCUGAGUGUGUCCUGUUCUACUACCUGACUAAGAAGAAUGAGAACUACAAGAACAUUGUUCGCAGGAGCUACCGUCGCCGAGGCAGGAGCCAGAAUAACCAACAGACACAGCAACAGCUGAACCGCAACAACCAGGAGGAGAAAGACGACAAGGAGAGAGAGAAAGAGGGAGACCGCGAGGAGGACAAAGCAGAGGGAGAUGAGAAAGAGGAUGGCAUGAAAUUCUGUGCUCUUGAAACCCAUCAUAAAAACAAGAAUAUACUCGAAUUGAGAGAUGACACCUCUGGUGAGGACGGGGAGGAGAAAGAGCCUCCUGUAACCGCUAAAGGCCGGCGCACUGCAAACAGCCGAGGACACCGGAAAGGACGAGUCACUCGCUCUAUGACCAAUGAGCAGGAAGAAAACACUUCACCGCUAAGCAGUGAGCUGGCAAACCUGGAGAUGAAUGAAAGUUCUCGUUGGACUGAAGAGGAGAUGGAGACCGCAAAGAAAGGUCUGCUCCAGUAUGGCAGAAAUUGGUCCGCAAUCGCCAAGAUGGUGGGCUCCAAAACAGUCUCCCAGUGCAAGAACUUCUACUUUAACUACAAGAAGAGACAGAAACUGGAUGAGAUUCUGCAACAGCAUAAAAUAAAAUCGGAGAAAGAGCGUAAGGCCAGACGCAAAGGUAAAGCUCUUCAGAACGAGGAGGCCAGCGCUCCAUCUGCUGAAGAGGAGAUGGAGGGAUCGGGAGUCAGUGGCAAUGAGGAGGAGGCUCAGGAGGAUGGAGAGGGUGGAGCUAAUAACAGCUCAGACACCGAGAGCCUCCCUUCCCCACACUCCUCAGAUGACAGCAAGGUCAAAGAAGAGGGGUCGGCAUGGCCCAAAACUGCAACCAAUGCCACUUCCUCCUCAUCCUCCAUGGACAAGGACACGGCAGCUAUGGAGACGGGGCCGGAAGAAAAGCCAAAAAUGGAGAAAGGAGAAGGGGAGCAGGGAGGAGUGAAGCAGGAAGUAAAGACUGAACCGGGGGAGUGUGGUAAGGAAGCGACAGGAGAAGAUAGGAAGCCUCCUGCCCUGGAGGUGGAGGAGGGCAAGAAAGAGGUCAAAAAGAAAGAGCAUGGAGGAAAGAGUGGAGCUCAAGACAGUGACUCCAGCGCCACAUGCAGUGCCGAUGAGGUGGAGGAGACGGAAAGCUCAGACAAGAACAGCACAAUGUCUGCUAGGCCAAGUAUGUUGAGUUUCGCCCAUGAUGGAGUGAUCACUUCUCCAGUUCAGAAACCACUGGACAUCAACCAGCUCAAGCAGAGAGCAGCCGUUAUACCUCCCAUAAUGCCAGAGGUGUCGGUAGCAGGACAUGAUAACCGGCCCGGGUUGCUGGGGAAGCAGCAGGCUAUGCCCCACGCUCUUGCACUGUACCAGCAGCAGAUUACCAUGGCACAUGAAUCUUCCCAGGAGGCCAAACAGCAACAAUCACAGCCAACCAAAUCUCAGCAUAACACAGGGGGUGGAGAUUCCAGUAGCCCACGGGUCAGGACUCGCAGCCCUGGUGUCUCUGACAGAGAGAGAGAAGAGCUGGAGGGGAACGAGAGAUGGCUUCAGGCUCUGCUACAUGGAUUACAUAAAUCUCGGGCAUUCUCUCCUCUUGCGGACGGUAAAAAGAUUCCUGGGGCUGAUGAUAUUCGGGCUUUAGGUCUAGGCCGACCAGUGAUGUCACCGUACCAGCUCUCUCCCAGAGACAUGGCCAAAUUCAGCCAUGAACAGCUGCUACACUACAAUCCCUCAUUGGCUCCUUCUCUACAGCCACAGGAGAGAAUGGCUGCAGUGCGGCCUCUCCAAAUCCCAGAACCCCCUCCUCUCAUCUCCUCUGCCAAGCCUGGUGGUUCCAUCACGCAGGGUACUCCAGUGCAAUUGCACAACCUAUCUCAUGGCUCCGACCAUGGAAAAAUCCCAGCACCAGGAUCCCUGGCUCUCUCCUGGAUGGACCAGAGGAAAAUGGGAGGGUUUCCAGUGGUUAAACAGGAGCAGUUAUCUCCACGCGGGGCCGCCUCCUCUCAGGCUGAGAAUCUCUCCUCACAGGACUGCGCUACGUCACGGGGCCCCAUGCCAGCUGUUCAGGGUGGCAGCAUCACGAAGGGCAUCCCUGGCACGCGUGUGCACCAAGAACCUUCCAUGUCAUAUCGAGGAGGUUCUAUCACGCAGGGCACUCCUGCAGAUGUCUUGUACAAGGGCACAAUAACCCGUCUGAUUACUGAGGACAGCCCCAGCAGAGAGAGAAACAGAGAAGACACUCCUUCUAAGGGGCAUGUAGUCUACGAGGGCAUCAGUGGACACAUCCUUUCCUUUGACCGGGGUCCAAAUUCUAAGGAAGAGGCUCGUGGGGACAUGGCUGGGCUGAAGAGGACCUAUGACAUGAUGGAGGUCGGCAUUUCUCGUGUGCCACCCAUCAGAGACUCAAUAUCUGCCACUGAAGGCUUGAUUAGUCGAGCAAUGCCUAACGAGCGCGAUAGUCCUCAUCUGCACCACAUCCGUGGAUCCAUAUCCCAAGGAAUCCCACGGGAUGACUGUCAGCGCCGGGAGGUUAAACAGAUGAAAAGAGAGGGUUCACCAUCACCCCGUGGCCCUGGUCAUCCCACUGACACUCUUAAAUCACGCUCUCACGAGAGUAUGGUGACCACCGUCAAAGAGGGAGGACGCUCCAUCCACCUGAUCCCUCCUGAGGGGGUUGUGAUAGGCAAGCCUAAGGAGGGCUCAAUCACCCAGGGCACCCCUCUGAAACAAGAGCCUGUUGGCUCAUCCAAGCGCCAUGAUGUGCGCUCCAUCAUCGCCAGCUCUCCUCGACCUUACUCUGGACUGUCCGCUCAUCUAGAGCUUAGGCCCGAGCACAGAGGGUCUGACAGGGCCCGCUAUGAUGAGGUAGGGAGCAAAUCCCGACCCAGCGCUGUGGUCAGCACCCCCAGCUCUCUGUCCCGUACCUCUCCAUUGGCACUCAUUGGAGAGCAAAGCAGCAGACCCCACCACAGUCCAGUGGGCUAUGAAGAUCACAAAAGAUCCGGCUACCCUCCGCCCUCACACAGAGCCUCUCCACUGUCUGCAAGAGAAACCUCACAGCGUGCACAUGAAGGCUCUAGUAAGGCCCAGCAGCAGGAGAGAAAAGCCACUCCCACCCCUCGAGAGGUGAGCUCCACCAAGUCUCCACUGGCAGUUGGUGAGCACACUGCGUCUUUGGCUUACGAGAGGAUCCUGCAGGGGCUUGGAACUGAGAUGUUCCAUGGCCAGAUACCUCUAUCAUUUGACCCUGCAACUCUUCCCAGGGGAAUCCCGAUUGACCCAGCGUAUUACCUGCCCCGUCACCUGGCCCCUGCCCCUGGCUACCCUCACCACUACCCACCCUACCUGAUUAGAGGUUUCCCUGAAACAGCAGCCCUGGAGAACAGACAAACGCUCUUCAACGACUACAUUACCUCCCAGCAGAUGCACCAGUGGCCAGCCGCUGCCAUGGCUGCCCAGAGACCUGACCUGCUCAGAGGCCUAACGCCUCGAGAGCAGUCCCUUAACUUAGCCUACUCACCCACACCCAGAGGAACAUCUGCAUCUCCCAUGAAUCGUAUCACAUACAUCCCAGGAACCUCUCCAGCUUUCCCCAGCGGAGCCUACAACACCUCUCCCAUCUCACCAGUGGGAGCCUCUCACAUGAGCAAGAUCCAAGGCAGUUCGACAUCCUCAGAGAGAGAAAGAGAACGGGAGAGGGAGAGAGAGAGAGAAAGAGAGCGGGAUCGUGAGAGAGAGCGAGAGAGGGACAGGGAACGAGACCGAGAGAGAGAGCGUGAGAAAGAUCGGGACAGAGAAAGAGACAAGACCCUCGGUCAUGGUAACGUGGAACAUGCCCCUAUAUGGAGACCAGGAGCACCAGAACAGAUGGGUGGCAGCAGCAGCAGCAGUUCUCGUCCCCCAUCUCAUCCAUACAGUCACCAGUCGUCUCCGCUCUCCCCCCGUCCCCAGGACUGCCUGCAGCAGAGACCCAGUGUUCUGCACAACACCAGCUCAAAGAGCCUGCCCAAUUCUGAGCACAAUAGUCCCUCUGUGCUGCGGCCACCGGGCUCUGCUCGCUACCAGGGCUUUAGUGGGCACCUUCGGUCUGGUCUAGCCAAUGAGGGUUACCCAUCUGGUACAGACUCAAACGCUAAAGACUCGAGCAGAGAUGGGGGCAAGAGCCAUGGGCGUGGAGGUCUGCCCAAACAUCAGGACCUUUCAUUCUCUUCCAAGCCUGACCCCAAGCUGGCCAGCCCCGGUGCCGGUGGUUCAUACCCCUCUCCUUACAGCCAGGCCUCUGGUGCCCACCUUGGUCUGCCCACAAUUCGAGGGCACCCCUUGCUGGCUUCCGAAAGCAACAGCGGCAGCAGUUCCAUCCCGUCUCGUGGUGGGGAUGGCAUCAGCAGUGCGUCAAGUAGGGAAAAGUCUCAAAACAAAGUGAUGUCCAUACAGGAACACGAACUUCGAGCACUCGGUAAGACCACCAUGACAGCGGCCAACUUCAUAAACGCGAUAAUCAUGCAUCAAAUUUCUUGUGAUGCGGCGAUGCCAGAGACUGGUGCGCUCGCGACCAACGGCACCUGUGAUGCUCACCAAAAGGCACUAGAACAGCUGUACGGGUCUGAGGACAGACUUUCUCCAGGUCAGCAGCUGCCGUCUGCUGUCAAAGGCUCUCAGAGAGUGGUCACCCUCGCCCAGCACAUCAGUGAGGUGAUCACUAAAGACUACACACGACAGUCGCAGCAAGGCCAUAUAGGUGGUCAAUCAUCUCUACAGCCUGUGUUUGGGUAUCACAACUCCCCUGUGCUGGAUCUUACCCGUCCUUCCAGCGCCCCCCAAGCCCAGACCCCAACAGACCCCAACGCCCGCUACACCCCAGAAGGCACUGCUGCUGAGAGGGAGAGAGGGAGAGACAGGUCUCCUCCUCAGAGUAAGGCCUCUCCAGUGAGUCUGGCUGCCGAUGGGAUUGAACCUGUUUCACCACCAGGGGCCGUUUCAGAGCCGGAGAUGCCAGGAGCCGCCUACCCUAAUGAACAAGCAGAGCAGGGUAUGGGAUCUCGUUCUCCGGCCAGUAGCUCUCAACCACCAGCCUUCUUCAGUAAACUGACUGAGAGCAACUCCGCCAUUGUCAAGAGCAAGAAGGAAAUGAUUAAGAAGAUGGUGGUCGGCGCAGAGGCUGAAUUUAACCAGGGCCAACCUGGGACAGAAAUCUUUAAUAUGCCUGCCUCUACAAAUGCAGCACCCGUGAGCGUGCGCAGUCACCCAGCACCAGAGGCCAGUGGUAAUACUAUAGGUCUGGAGGCCAUCAUCAGGAAAGCCCUCAUGGGCAAGUAUGAUGAACAGAUGGAUGAUCGCUCACCGUCCAACUCUGUCAACUCGAUGAGUGUUGGUGUGCCAGCUGCUGUCGGGCCGCCAGCUUCAGCGGAUGGGCAUUCUGAAGACCCCUACUCCCUGCCAGUCAAAUCCAAAGGAGGGCACUCUAACGGUCGCAAGACUAAGUCUCCUGGUCUGUCUGGAGGAGAGAGACCUUCAUCUGUGUCCUCUGUACACUCUGAGGGAGACUGUAACCGUCACACCCCACUCAGCAACAGAGUGUGGGAGGACAGACCCUCAUCUACAGGCCCCACUCCAUUCCCCUGUAAUCCCCUGACCAUGCAGAUGCGUCUCCCCAGCGGGAUGAUGUCGGGACCCUCACCUUCCCCUACGCUGCAGGGCGCGUCUGCACCUCCACAGGGCCAGACUCAACCCCGCACCUGGGAGGAAGAACCCAAACCUCUGCUGUGCUCUCAAUACGAGACCCUGUCAGACAGCGAGUGAACACACACCUCACACCGCAUACACUAGGACUGAACGUUUGCUGCUUAUGAACAAAAACUUGUUACUGUAAACAGGGAUGUUCGUGAACACACACGUACUCAUGUCCAUACUGACAUACACUUACAGGAACACACACGCCAUCUGCGCUCGUGCCCUCUGAUACCUCUAAACAUAUUCAUACAUACAGAGACACACAUCCCAUAACCCACCCCAAGCCCACACACUCACGCCAUUAGUGGAAGUGCAUUAAAUGGCUGCAGACGCGUGUUGUGUCAGUGUGUUUGUGAAUGCGCACACAUGUAUUAGAGUGUGCAUCACUCCAGGACAACUUGUAGGAUGAAUCACUUUUUAGUUUUUUUUUUUAUAUGAAUAUAUAUAAAUACUUCUAUUUGUGUCGUCUUGCAGGCCUUAUCAGAGUUGACUCAUGGACUGAAUCUGUUUUGUUGACGCGUUUUGGAGCAUUCCUCAUUAGACUGCUCAGGACACACCUUUAUACUGUAAUACAACUGCAAAUAGUUUUUUUGUGUGUGUGUGGUGUAAUGCAAAGGCUGGAUGAAUCCUCUGCAGAAAUGAGCACCCACCCACACACACGCACGUACACGCCCUCAUGUGCAUCUGCAGUCCUUCAUGAUGUGUUGCCAAGAUGACCCUGUUAUUUUUUUUUUAUGGAUCUGAUGCUGUUGGGCCUUCCGAGUAUGUGUGUGAUGAAACAAGACCUUCAGAGAAGCACGUUAGCCAAUCCCUGCACUAAACUGUACUGGUUUUUAAGCAGAUUUCAUUUUAUCCUGUAACAUUCUGUCCUUACCUUGCUACUUCUGAGAGUUUACAUGGACGGCCAAAUCGUUGGUUUACAGGGUACACAUAAUGUUAAUUUGUUGACAUCAAACCUUCAUUUUUUACUUUAGUUUUGACAUUCAGAAGCAUCUCUAGCUGACCAAUAAUACAUUGUCUUUUCAGUCAUCUCUGUGAUAGUUGAUGGGAGAUGUUUUUAGUUUUAAACU